AUGUCUACUCGCCUCGAUAACCUGUUAAAGUCCAAGAACGUUGUCCUCUUUUUUGGAGGCGUCGUCUCUAUGGCAGCAGCAUACACUAUUUGGGGAAACGAAGGCCAAGGAAUGUUUCCUCCUAUGGCAGAUCCUACCGGCGACCCUAAGACAUGGUCUCGAGAAGAGUGUAGAUUGUGGUUGGAAAAGAGAAACCUACAUCCAGAUCCCAAAGCCACGAAAGAGGAGCUCAUCGAUAGGGUCGUAGCCAAUAUGCGUAUCCCAAGAAAGUAA